AUGGAGAGUUUGAAUGUUGCGUUUGAUAAACUUCGUGCAGUGGUACCGCAAGGUGGAGACGACACACCACUUUCAAAGUACGAGACACUACAAAUGGCACAAACGUAUAUCCAGGCAUUGAAGGAUAUUCUAGUUGACAAAUCUGACUGA